AUGUCGGACGGCCAGACGAAGCAGUUUGGAAAGGGCCAGCGGCUUGUGCCCGCCCAGAAGGCUCAGAAGUGGUACCCCGUGGACGACGAGUCGCAGCCCAAGAAGGUCCGCAAGGCGCUGCGUCCCGCUAAGGUCCGCGAGACCCUCCAGCCUGGUACCAUCCUGAUCCUUCUCGCUGGCCGCUUCCGUGGCAAGCGUGUCGUCCUCCUCAAGCACCUCGACCAGGGCGUUCUCCUCGUCACCGGCCCCUUCAAGAUCAACGGCGUCCCCCUCCGACGGGUGAACGCUCGCUACGUGAUCGCCACCUCCAAGCGUGUCGACCUUGCCGGUGUUGACGCCAAGACCCUCGAGAAGGUCUCUACUCCCGACUACUUCACCAAGGAGAAGAAGGCCGAGAAGAAGACUGAGGAGGCUUUCUUCAAGCAGGGCGAGAAGCCCGAGAAGAAGAAGGUUGCCUCCGCCCGUGCCGCCGACCAGAAGGCCGUCGACCAGUCCAUCCUCGGCAGCAUCAAGAAGGAGGAGUUCCUGAGCAGCUACCUCGCCACUACCUUCAGCCUCCGGAGCGGUGACAAGCCCCACGAGAUGAAGUGGUAA